GUGAGACUGGCGAAUUGAAAAAGCCGCAAUGGGGGCAUGGGGGAUUAUUGUGUACAUCGAGGACGUGACGCGUCACGUAAACAGUGCCUCAUGGACACCGACAUUAUUGAGGCAGGGGAAAGUGGGAGAGCAGCCAGCUUUGUAAUAAAUGACUCAGCUACCCAGAAAUGGAUAAUGGCGAUGUCGCUGCUGCUGAAGAUGUGGAUCUGAGGGCUUUUGUAAUUAGGGCGCUGGAAGAUAUUUCGUUGAGCCUGCUAAGACAGCUCGUCGACAUUAUUCGAAACUGCCAUCCUGAUCACCACCAAUCGUCUGACGUUCCUACUGGCAAGAUGCGGUUGCGCGUUCAAAUGGCAUCAAGAAAUGGGAAAAGUCACACGAAGGAAAUGUGGUGGCCAAAACGAAACCCCUGUGCGCGACAAUUAGGAGCCCUUCUCCGCGUGGUGGAUCUAUGUCAUACGGCUCUCCACGAUAACACAUUGCUCACGAAACGCGAAAUUUUCUACCAAGAUGUUGCCUUAUUUGGGAAGCAAUCUAGGGUCGACGAAAUUGUCGAUGACCUUGCGGCUACUCUUGGUGUAAACCGAUUCAAUUUGAACGUGGUUUGUUGGGCCCCAGUGGCAUCUCAUUUUAAGGCGAUACUGACCGCCUCCUUAAAUAACAGAUCGCAUCUCCCAAAGGCAUAGUUUGCAGUUCCAUCCUCAUGAUCAAAUUGUCGUCUGGAACAGAGCUAAAUCUC